UGUUUCUGUGCCCUAACCUAAUCAUAUUUCCAGUCUUUACUAGUUGAAAACACCCGCCAUAAUAAGUUGAACAUUAUUUAUUUUGUUGCUGUUAAUUGAAUUCGAAUUAUUAUAUCUAUUCGUACAUUCAUAUGAAAAAUGGAAAUAAAUGAAGAAAAUUUACUCACUCUCCGACAGUACUUGCAACAUACUCUUAGUCCCGAUGUUAACGUUAGGAGACCGGCUGAAAAAUUUUUGGAAGGGGUGGAAGUAAAUUUGAAUUAUCCAGUUCUUUUACUGGAUCUUGUUCAUAAAAAUGAAAUUGAAAUGAACAUUCGUAUUGCUGGUGCAAUAGCUUUCAAGAAUUAUGUAAAAAGAAAUUGGAAAUGUGAAGAGGACCAACCUGAUCAUAUUCAUGCAAAUGAUCGUUUAGCAAUAAAGAAUUUAAUUGUAAGGCUUAUGUUGAAUUCCCCAGAAGCAAUACAAAAACAAUUGAGUGAGGCUAUAAGUGUGAUUGGAAGUACGGACUUUCCUCUUAAAUGGCCAGAAUUGAUAACACAGAUGGUUGAAAAUUUUGCUACAGGAGAUUUUCACAUCAUUAAUGGAAUAUUGAGAACUGGACAUUCAUUGUUUAAAAAAUAUAGAUAUGAAUUUCCUUCGAAUGAACUAUGGACGGAGAUAAAAUAUGUAUUAGAGAAAAUAGCUCAACCUCUCACAAAUUUAUUAGUUGCAACAAUUGAAUUGGCACAAACUCAUGCCAAUGACCUCAAUGCUCUCAAGGUAAUAUAUAGUUCAUUGGGGUUGAUCUGUAAAGUAUUUUUUUCCUUGAAUUAUCAAGAUCUUCCCGAGUUCUUUGAAGAUAGUAUGGAAACAUGGAUGACUAAUUUCCAUACAUUACUGACAUCAAAUGUCCAAGGAUUAGAAAGUCAUAAUCCCGAAGAAGCUGGAGUAAUGGAGCAAUUGAAGUCUCAAGUAUGUGAUAAUAUUGCUUUGUAUGCUCAAAAAUAUGAUGAAGAAUUCAAACCUUAUUUACCCACAUUUGUGACCGACGUCUGGAAUUUGUUGAUAUCUACUGGAUUGGAGCCAAAAUAUGAUUUGCUAGUGUCAAAUGCUUUACAGUUUUUGUCAACAGUUGCUGAAAGACCUCACUAUAAAAAUCUCUUUGAAGAUCAUAAUGUUUUGAGCAGUAUUUGUGAAAAAGUUAUAAUUCCCAAUAUUCAGUUUAGAGCAUCAGAUGAAGAGCUUUUCGAAGAUAAUCCAGAAGAGUACAUAAGAAGAGAUAUUGAAGGAUCUGAUAUUGAUACCAGGAGAAGGGCAGCAUGUGAUUUAGUUAAUACAUUGAGCCUUAAUUUUGAAGAGAGGAUAAUGCAUAUAUUUGGACAGUAUUUACAGGUCAUGAUGCAAAAAUAUAAUGAAAAUCGUAAAGAGAAUUGGAGAAGUAAGGAUGCAGCUCUUUAUUUAGUUACGUCAUUAGUCAGUCGGGGUUCUACUCAAAAGCGAGGAGUAACACAAACAAGUCAGCUGGUAUCUAUUCCACAAUUUUUUCAGGAACAUAUUAUUCCAGAGCUACAACAACCAAACGUUGAUGAGCUGCCAGUAAUAAGAGCAGAUGCAAUUAAAUAUUUAAUGACAUUCAGAUCAAUCUUGCCCAAUGAUAUGGUUAUUUCUACUCUUCCAAGUUUGAUUAAUCAUAUGGUGAGCGAAAGUGCAGUAGUACAUACAUAUGCUGCAUCUACAGUGGAUAAGAUUUUGUUAUUGAAGAACGCUAAUAAUGUGAUCGUUGUUACAAAGGAACAACUAGAACCCGUUGCUGGAGAAUUAUUAAACAACUUGUUUGGCAUACUAGAGAGACCUGUAUCUGAAGAAAAUGAAUAUGUAAUGAGAGCUAUUAUGAGAACCUUUUCGACACUGCAAGAAAAAGUGAUUCCUUUCCUAGCAGUGAUUCUGCCGAAAAUUACUGCAAAAGUCGAACUAGUGGCAAAGAAUCCAUCGAGGCCCCAUUUCAAUCACUACUUAUUUGAGACAUUGUCUCUAGCGAUCAAAAUUGUAUGCAAAACAAACAAUUCAGCAGUGCAGUCAUUCGAAGAUAUUCUUUUUCCAAUUAUACAAGGGAUAUUUCAACAAGAUAUUCAAGAAUUUCUUCCUUAUGUAUUUCAAAUUCUUUCGUUACUGAUGGAAUAUUCAGCACCAGGGAAUAUCUCCGAGGCAUAUAUGUCUUUGCUUCCUUGUUUAUUAGUGCCUGUUCUAUGGGAAAGGCCAGCAAAUAUUAGUCCUCUGGUCAGACUGCUUAGCGCAUAUUCUAUAGUUUUAGCUCCUGCAGUUGUUGCCCAGGAUAAAUUGGCUGGAUUCUUAGGUGUUUUCCAGAAAUUGAUUGCUUCUAAAACAAACGACCAUGAAGGUUUUCAUUUACUUCAAAACAUGAUUCUGCAUUUUCCAAUGGAAGCACUUGAACCUUACAACAAACAAAUAUUCUUUUUGCUCUUCCAGAGGUUAUCAUCUAGUAAAACUACCAAAUUUGUUAUAAACAUUAUUGUCUUCUUUUCUUUGUAUGCUACCCAGUAUUCACCAAAACAGUUAAUAUCAACAAUAGAUGAAAUACAAGCACAGAUGUUUGGCAUGGUGUUAGAAAAGUUAUUUAUUACUGAAUUGCAAAAAGUAUGUGGCAAUACUGAAAGGAAAAUUGUUGCUUGUGGAGUUACUAAGUUGCUGUGCGAGAGCCCAGAGAUGGUAAACGGUCAAUAUGGAAAAUAUUGGCCCCUUCUUUUACAGGCUUUAAUAUCAUUCUUUGAAAUGCCUACCGAUGAAAGUACCCUGCCAGAUGAUCAUUACAUAGAAAUUGAAGAUGCUCCAUCAUUUCAGACUACUAAUGCUAAAUUGAGUUUCGCAUCUAAUACCAAGCCAGACCCGUUACAAGGUAUAAGUGAGCCUAGGCAAUUUUUGGUUCAAAACUUAGUUAAAUUUGGAUCUACCCAACCUGGAUGCGUCCCUGGACUUAUCGCAAAAACAAAUCAGCAAACUCAAACUAUAUUACAAUCUUAUUUUUCAAAAUUCAAUUUACAGAUGGUAUAACUCUCUUGUGACUGUUUAACGAUAGGUUUAAGUUUUAUGAUAACGGAGUAGGAAUUAAUUCUAUUGUUAAUUGAAUUGAGUUCUAUUGGUAUGAACCAGUGGAUCAAUGUAUUGUUUAUCAACUUUGAUUUCCUAGUGAUAUAUUUUUAAUAAAAGUUACAUCUAUUA